CAGGCGCAGCAAAGGCAAAAGGCAAAGCAGGCUCAGGCUGGCCUCUCCUCUCUCUCACCUUUUCCAUUGCUUUUCCUCUACAUCUGCUGCAUGCUUGCUUGCUUUCUUUCUUGCUUGCUUUUCUCCAAGAUUAUUACACAGAGACAGAGGGUGCAGAGGCUGGCUGUGAGUGAGAGCAGGAGACUGGGAUUGGGACCCUCCUGUCUUCUUCUUUCCCCUUCCUCCUGUCCUGCUCCUCUUCUUCUUCUUCUUGGAAUACUCCUGCUUGGUUUGGUAUUCUCUUCACUCCCCUGGCUGUUUCUGGUUGAGCUCUUUCUUGCCUGUGUGUGUGUGUGAGAGAGAGAGAGAGAGAGAAUUGGUGAUUGCCCCUCUCUCCCCAACCCCAGCUACCAACAAAAUUUCAAUCCUCUCUUUUCCUUUUGUUUUAGGACUUGUUCCAAGGAGGGAGCAUAUGGAUUGAUUCACCAGCCCGCACCCACUGCUGUGCUAAUCAAUCCAUCAUCAAUUCAGAUUACUGAGGGAGAUGCCGUCUGCUUCCGCCGCUCUUGUGCUCCUCUUCGUCGCCUUCUCGCUCUCCAAUGCUCAGCCUGGUUUCAUCAGCUUGGAUUGCGGGGGAGACGAUGAUUACACGGAUGGCAUUGGGAUCCAGUGGACUUCUGAUGCCAAGUUUGUCUCUGCUGGCCAGAAAGCGAACCUCUUGCUCCAAAAUCAACAAUUGCAGCAAUAUACCACCGUUCGCUCUUUUCCAGCAGACAACAGGAAGUAUUGCUACACCAUGAAUGUCAGGAACAGAACACGCUACCUUGUUAGAGCCACCUUCCUCUAUGGCAACUUCGACAACAGCAAUGUCUACCCAAAGUUUGAUCUCUCCCUUGGACCGACCCCAUGGACCACCGUUGUCAUUGAUGAUGCCACCACCCCAGUCGUCCAGGAGGCGAUUAUCCUCGCUGCUGCUCCAACACUCAGCGUUUGCCUCUCUAAUGCCAGCACUGGACAGCCCUUUAUUUCUACUCUCGAGCUUCGCCAAUUUAACGGCUCCCUCUACUACACCACUGAUGAAAAACAGUUCUUUCUUAGACUCUCUGCGAGGAUCAAUUUUGGUGCUGAAAGCAAUGCAUCAGUCAGGUAUCCUGAUGAUCCAUUUGAUAGAAUAUGGGAGUCUGAUUUAGUGAGGCGAGCAAAUUACCUUGUCGAUGUUGCUCCGGGGACGGAGAGAAUAUCAACUACAAAACCCAUCUUCGUCAGUACCAACGAAGAACCACCUCAAAGGGUCAUGCAAACUGCAGUUGUUGGCAAAAAUGGAUCCUUGACCUACCGGAUUGAUUUGGAAGAUUUCCCAGGAAAUGCAUGGGGAGUCUCAUAUUUUGCAGAAAUUGAAGAUUUGACCCCAAAUCAAACUAGGAAAUUUAAGUUAGUCAUUCCAGGCAAGCCAGAAUUCAGUAAACCAACUGUUGAUGUGGAAGAGAAUGCUCAGGGAAAGUAUCGUCUAUAUGAACCAGGCUACACAAAUAUUCCACUUCCAUUUGUUUUCUCUUUUGGAUUCAAGAAGACUAAUGAUUCGUCAGAGGGACCUAUAUUGAAUGCCAUGGAGAUCUACAAAUAUAUAGAGAUUUCUGUGGGAUCUCAAGAUGCAAACAUUAUGGCCAGCUUGGUCUCACGGUAUCCAGAAGCAGGUUGGGCACAAGAGGGUGGUGACCCUUGCUUACCAGCAUCAUGGUCUUGGGUGCAAUGCAGUUCUGAGGCAGCACCUAGGAUAUUUUCAAUCUCAUUGUCAGGGAAGAACAUUACAGGGAGUAUCCCUGUGGAAUUAACGAAGCUAUCGGGGCUGGUCGAACUAAAGCUUGAUGGUAACUCAUUUACUGGUCAAAUUCCUGAUUUCACUGGAUGCCAUGAUUUACAAUAUAUUCACCUUGAGGACAACCAAUUAACCGGUGCAUUGCCACCUUCCUUGGGAGAACUACCUAACCUGAAAGAGUUGUAUAUUCAGAACAAUAAGCUGUCUGGAGAGGUCCCACAAGCGCUUUUCAAAAAGAGCAUUAUUUUCAACUUCUCAGGAAACAGUGACCUUCGCAUGGGACACAGUAACACUGGCCGCACUAUAGUAAUUAUUGUAUGUGCUGUGGUUGGGGCCAUUUUGAUUCUUGUUGCUGCUAUUGUUUGUUACCUGUUCACAUGCAAAAGGAAGAAGAAAUCAUCGGACGAAACCGUUGUUAUUGCGGCACCAGCAAAAAAGCUAGGCUCAUUUUUCAGUGAAGUGGCCACGGAAUCGGCGCACAGAUUUGCAUUGUCUGAAAUUGAAGAUGCUACUGACAAAUUUGACAGAAGAAUUGGUUCGGGAGGGUUUGGCAUAGUAUACUAUGGAAAGCUUACAGAUGGGAGAGAAAUCGCAGUCAAACUUCUCACAAAUGACUCCUAUCAAGGCAUCCGAGAAUUCCUGAAUGAGGUAACAUUGCUUUCAAGAAUUCAUCAUAGAAACCUGGUGAGCUUCCUUGGUUACAGCCAGCAAGAUGGUAAAAAUAUACUUGUGUAUGAAUUCAUGCAUAACGGGACGUUAAAAGAACACCUCCGUGGAGGCCCUGAUGAUGUAAAAAUAAAUAGCUGGGUCAAGCGUCUUGAGAUAGCAGAAGAUGCUGCAAAAGGAAUAGAGUAUCUCCACACAGGAUGCUCCCCAACUAUCAUCCACAGAGACCUCAAGAGCAGUAACAUUCUCCUUGACAAGAACAUGAGAGCAAAAGUUGCAGACUUUGGCUUGUCAAAACCUGUUGUCGACGGGUCUCAUGUAUCAAGUAUAGUUAGAGGAACAGUUGGAUAUCUGGACCCAGAGUACUAUAUCUCGCAGCAGCUAACAGAGAAGAGUGAUAUGUACAGUUUUGGUGUCAUUUUACUUGAGCUAAUCUCAGGCCAUGAACCAAUCUCAAAUGACAACUUUGGGCUCCACUGCCGUAACAUUGUUGAAUGGGCUAGAUCGCACAUGGAGAGUGGGGAUAUCCACGGCAUCAUUGAUCAGUCGUUAGACGCAGGGUACGACCUGCAGUCGGUGUGGAAGAUUGCGGAGGUGGCGACGAUGUGCGUGAAGCCCAAGGGGGUGCUGAGGCCGUCCAUCUCGGAGGUGCUCAAGGAGAUUCAGGACGCCAUUGCCAUCGAGCUGCAACGGGAGCUGCCCUCCAGCAUUCACCACCUCAUGUCCAAGACGUCUCCCUCCGAAGCCGUCAACACGACAGGCAGUCUGCAAGACCUGGAGCAGAAUGCGUCGUUUGAUGAGCUGCUCAUGCGCCCAGGUCUCAGGUAGAGGUAGCACAUACGGAUUACAGACUCUUCUAAUACUAUAUUUCUAAUAUUCGUUGAUAGGUUAAGCAAGCUGUGCAUGACUUGUUUAGAUUUGCCACCGAGCAACGAAUUUUGGGUGAAUUUGUCCUUCAGGUCGUCGUGCACUUUUGAAAUGAUCAUGUGCAUUCAUUCUCGUUCAUUCUUA